GCACGAUCGGGUAUAUUCGUACCAUUUCGGAACUUGUGGGCGUGUCCGAGUGUCAUUUCUUGCGCACGUCGCUACGCUGCAAUCGGAUGAUUCCACGAGGGGCGGGGCCAAACUAGAGGAAGCCGAUGACUGACCUGCUCCCAAGGAAACCACCGGUACUCUCCUCUACAUCUUCAGUGGAUUAACUUUACACUCCUUCUCACAAUCUCGCACAACGCUCUCCUACAAAACAAUACUUGUAUUACCAGAUCCUCGGCUUGUAUGCUGGAAGUUUCUCACAUUGUCUUUUGGACGAUUAUAAGGUUUAAGCAAUCAUAAACGACAACAGGAAUGGAGACAGAGAUCCAUGUGCCUCUCGGUUCGCCCGUCAUCAGAAGAUUCCCCAUCUUCGUGGACGAGCACCAGGUGACAGAUGGAGCGAUCCGGCUGAUCAAGGAGCUGCGGCCGGCGUGGGACCCCGACCGCCUCCAGACCAAGCUCUUCACCGAUGGCACCACCAACAAGCUCGUCGGCUGCUAUGUGGAGGACAGCCCAGACGACGUGGUCUUGGUCCGUGUCUAUGGCAACAAGACGGAGCUGUUCGUAGACCGAGACAAUGAACUUAAAAGCUUCCAGGUGCUGCACGCAAACGGUUGCGCUCCUCGUCUCUACUGCUCUUUUCAGAACGGCAUCUGCUACGAGUUCAUGCCAGGGGACGCUCUGGGCACCCAGGACGUACGCGACCCAGCGCUGCUCAGGAUGAUCUCCAGGGAGAUGGCCCGCAUCCACGCCAUCCACGCCCACAAUGGCUGCAUCCCCAAGCCCAACCUCUGGAUCAAGAUGCGUAAAUACUUCUCCCUGGUGGCCACCGAGUUCACUGACCAGGCCUCAAACCUCAGGAUCCAGAGGGAGGUGCCCAGCAAGGCGUUGCUGGAGCAGGAGAUGCUGUGGAUGAAGGAACACCUUUCUGCUCUGGGCUCGCCUGUGGUGCUCUGCCACAACGACCUGCUCUGCAAAAACAUCAUACACAACAACAAAGAGGGUCACGUGCGCUUCAUAGACUACGAGUACUCCAGCUACAACUACCAGGCCUUUGACAUCGGCAACCACUUCAAUGAGUUUGCAGGUAUGAGCGAGCUGGACUACGGCCUGUACCCGAGCCGGGAGAUGCAGCUGGAGUGGCUGCAGGUCUACCUGAAGGCCUACAAGCUGUACACCAAGAACACGGAGCAGCUCAGCCCCCGCGAACUGGAAACCCUCUACGUACAGGUCAACAAGUUCGCCCUGGCUUCUCACUUCUUCUGGGGAUUUUGGGCGCUCAUCCAAGCCAAGUACUCUUCCAUCGACUUUGACUUCCUGGGGUACGCCGUGCUGCGGUUCAACCAGUACUUUAAGACCAAGCCCACGGUGAUGGCGCUGAAGAUCCCAGAGUAAAGAGCCCCACAGGAGGGGCUGGGGGGGCAGGUGGAGGGGGGGGUGGAUCUUCCUCAUGCAGGAAAGGGAUUGGACACCGAGCCACCCACCCCCACCACAACGCAUACGCACACUCUUAACCCACCCCCCACCCCACCCCUCCAACCCCCUUCUUUAAUGCAGCAGAAGUAAUCGGUUAAUUAUCUUCCCGUAUUUAUUUCCCCACAUCUUCAGUCUAACCACGGCGUGCUUGGCUAGAGCUGUGUUUUUUUGCCUGCAUUUAAUUUUGAAUGUAUUUAUCUUUUUUUUUUUUUUUUUUAAUGGAUCUAGGAGUCCCUACCCCAACCCCCCCACACCCCCACCCCCUGGGCAGCAGAGCUACUCGUGUGCCCAAGGUUCAGGGUGGCUGUACAGAUUGUAAUGUGGCUCCACAGGCGGGCGUAGCGCGUAAAGGGAAGGGUGUCGAGGCUCGCUCGCCCUCCUACACGCUACGGCUCCGUUAAAGCACUCUGCUUUUAAAACUAUGGCUCCAGAAGCAUUUCAGUAUUGUGUGUGUGUGUGUGUGUGUGUGUGUGUGUGUGUGUGUGUGUGUGUGUGUGUGUGUGUGCGUGUGACCCUUUCUAUACUUGUGUCUCCUCAUCGUUCUUAGCUUGUCGUGAUCCAUUAAAACGUAGAACCGGUAUCAUGGACACAUCACACAGCCCGUGGGUACUUAACCUAACACUAACCUCAGUAACGGCAAUGUCCACAACAGACGGUGUGGGAGCUGGUGAACACAGCAGGGCUUUGGUUGCGGCCCCGGCUGUGACUGGGGUCACUGACAGGGCCUUGCACCGCUGAAGAGUUCUUGUGCGCCCGAUGGCCUGAGUCUCUUUCCGCUUUCGUGGCUUUUAUGGUCAUAGCGAACCGCUCCGGUGAACUUUCCGUUCUGAACAGUCGGAAAAAACAUGACCCUGCUCACCCCCAGGGCCGGCCUCCUGCAAGAAGGCCUUCUCAGCCACUGUGCACAUACCCCCCCCCCCCCCCACCCCCCACGUCUCUGCUCAUUGAUGGAGAUUUCGGGCAGCAACACAGUUUGAAUUAAGGACCUGUGGGUUAAUAUCAAAGCCUUCCUUGACUGCCCGUCUGCACCAAGUCCAAGUAUGAUUGUUGCAUAAUUGGCUGUUGCAUAAGCGUUGUGUAUUUAAAGGCCAAGUCUGGGUUUAAAAGAGAGAACUAGAGAGAAUUUUGGUUUGUCAUUGCCCUUUUUUUUUGUUCAGAGAUCUUUAUUGCUUUGGCCCGGAACAAGAGAUAGAUGUCCCAUUUCCACCACCCACACUCGGCACCGAGUUUACAACUCUGCCGUUACCUUCACCAACACAGAUGCACGUUAAUGAUUUGAUUUAAAUUGCCCCUUCUUUGAUGAAAGAACAUUUGUAUACGUGCUGUUAAGAUGUCUGCAGUGAUAGUCCAAAGUUAAAGACCGGUGUCUUUAAGUUUGGCGCCCAAAGUACAAAAAUAAAUGUUUGUAGAACAUUUUUUGUAUACGUUUGUAUAAAUAUAUAUUUGUUUUAUGUCGUAUUGUCGUAUUACAGGCUUAAUAAUUCAGCAGGUGCGUGCUAACUAGGUUCAGUGGGAACAGCCGCCGGUAUAAAGGGCGACCAAUCAGAGGGUAGACAGGGGCAGCUGACGCAAAUGGUGAUAUAAGGGCUUUUUACCCAAUUCUAAUAGUGGCACCCUGUUGAUCACCACUCUGAUCACUGGGAGCAGUGACAUCCUGAACGAACAGAGGAGAAUUCAGGGUCCUUCUCCCUUUUUUUAUUAGUCGGCCAAUCCCUUUGAGGUCUAAAAGAUGACUAAUAAGAAAGGUAUUCUAGAUAUCGAAUGACGUAUCACAUUAUCUUCCUCUCCAUAGGGAAAUAACAACAAAUUAUUCAUAAACUUUGACAACAAACCUAAGGCCAGCAACAAUUGAAAGAUGACCCUCGGUAAGGUGUAGGUCUACAUCACAGAGUGUAAUGGUAGGGACGAAAAUUACUUAAUAAUUAACUUGAUGAGCUACCUACGGUUACCUACCACACCUCGUAGAUCGAUAUAAGAAGUUGAUUUAUUUGAAUGCACAUUAACCCGACCCUUGCACUAAAAGGCUUUCUCUGUCAUCCCUGAAUCUGCUUCUCUUUCUCAUUUGAGCUAUGAAAAUGAAACGAUCCAUAGCAACCACCGAUAGGUAGACAUUGAAGGGUUGGGAACAGAAAAGAAGGACCAAUGGGAAAAAUAUACAGGCUAGACCAAAGCACAAUGUGGGGAGUGGCCGUAGGUUAUCAAAUGACUAAUCGUGGUACUGUUUUUUGUUUGCUCUUUUUUUAAAGAAUAUUUGAGGAGGUUGGUGGUAAGGGAUUGUGUACUAACUGGUAAAAGAUUUGCUGGUUAGGGCAAACUAUUACGCUUGCUGCUUCAAAUGAGCAACCGUGAAAUGUAUGUUGUGUGGAUGUGGACCACAAGGCACACUCCUGAAGUACGUAAGGGGAUUCUGAACAGUGAAGAUUGAAAUGUGUACAACAGUUGAAUUGUAGUGGCACUUGGAUGUUCUUUAAUUUAUUGGUGAUUUGGUUAUUGUCUUCACUCCUCUUCAAACCUCAUCUUUUCAUUGGAUUUCAUUCAUGAUUACUCAUUGUGAUCACUUUCCUUUCCACUGAAGUGUCCAAGAUGAGGUCAAUUCUCAGACCAAAACGCUUCAAGCUAAAAUAUAUUGAAAAAUAAGAACAGCAAAUUUUGUUUUGGGGUUUGUGCUCAUCCAUGUAAGAGUUAGAUAUGAAUAUCAACGGGCCAUUUAAUUAAGGUUGCUCUCAUAUUUGCUUAGAUUUUCUUCUGUGUACCAAAAUGUUUAGCUUUGUACGGUUAGUAGUGUGUGUGUGUGUGUGUGUGUGUGUGUGUGUGUGUGUGUGUGUGUGUGUGUGCGCGCGCGUAUGUGCGUGUGUUUUAACAGGCUUCUUUUAAAACAAACUGUACAUAGAGUUCCAAAUUAUUAUUUUCUUCUUUGCAUUUUUACUACUUUCUAUGUUUGCUUUUUGUACAUUAUUUGACUUGAAUCUUUCCAGAGCUGUAUUCAAAAGGGGACCCAGCUGUGAAGGGGAUAGUGUGCCUGCUGUAUAGGGCAUGAUGCCGUGUCCAUCGUUGCGUUGACUAAUAGUGUAAAUACUGUAAUAAUGACUGUGAUUUCUGACUGUACAGUGAACCUUUACCUCUCUUCACGUGUGGCAGGAAGAGUUAUUUAACAUUCUUAGGUAAAAUAUUUCAAAUUAAAAGCUCUAAAUUAAACUAA